ACUUUUACAUAAACAAGAAGAUCUCACAAGCAGUAACUCUACAGACGUCUGGAAUCUAGACUUGUAUGCUUGCCCUUGUUUGCCUGAAGAGAUUGCAGCCAAGUGAGAUGUGAUUCUGGAAAACAAAUCUUUGCAGAAGGAGUCCUGUGUUAAAGCCUUCUGCAGCUUCUGAGUAACCCCAUCAUGUUCUCACUCCUGUUUCUCACCACGGGCUUGGUCCUUUGUGUAUCUGAUGUCCAGCCCAAUGAAGACAGCCCACUUCAAGACAUGCAGAAAAAAAUUAAUGACCUGUGGCUGAGUUUGCUUUAUCCACAACUCUAUGACGAUAUAUUUGCAUCCAAUCAGACUGCUUAUGCCACAUGUAUGGUGAAAUCCAGCACCAAACUAGAUACAGGCAAGCCACAGGUGAUGGGGAAAGUUCUGUUCCGGCAGACCUACCCAGAUGGAAAAUUGGAGGCUAUUUUCAACCUGGAUGGGUUUCCUACAGGUGCCAACUUGUCUGGAAGAGCUAUUCAUGUCCACCAGUAUGGAGAUCUCAGUGACAGUUGCGACUCUGCAGGGGGCCACUACAAUCCAUUUAAAGAAAAUCACCCCCGUCACCCUGGGGACUUUGGGAACUUCUAUUCUAGGGAAGGCAAAAUUAUAAAACAUAAGUCCAACCUCAUGGCCACUCUCUUUGGCCCAUACACCAUUAUAGGAAGAUCUGUUGUGCUUCAUGAGCAGGAAGAUGACCUCGGGAAAGGGAACAACAAGGCCAGUCUAGAGAAUGGAAAUGCUGGCAAACGUCUUGCUUGCUGUGUUAUUGGAAAAUGCAGCAAAAACCUUUGGGAACAACAGCUCUCUGAGCUUAGAGGGAAGAGGAAGAAAAGAGUCACGACCAAAGAGGCAAGCAACAGUUCACGUUUCAUAUCUGCCAAGGUGGCUGCUAAACAAUAGGAAAGGUUUCUGGUUCUUUUGAGAACAUGUAAGAUAUGUCAUAGUCCUCCAUUCUGUAAGCAGAUUAAUAAUAAAAAAGUAGCAGCAUAUUCUUUCAGAGUUCAUAUUCAGGCUUUUUUCUUCUCAGCUCCACGUUUAGCCUUGACGUGGUAAGAAGGGCUGUAUGUUUUACUACUGAAAUCUUGAGCGACCGUGUUUAUUGUCUAUUUUAUCUCAAGGACAAGAAAGCUGGAGGAACAAAAGGUAAAAAUAAAUGUCUCCAACUAA